AUGGACCCCCUUGCAAGCGAAGACACUGUCAAUGCCCCCGGAGCCGUGUCGGAUGAAAUGAUUCACGCCGAGAACCAACAGAUCGAGGAGCAGCAACAGGAAGCUCAAGAUGCCGAGGACACAUCAAUCGUCGACGACACGAAUGCCACAUCGCCGUCAGAUAAGCCGACGUCGCUAGAUGCGCCUGAAGGCCCUCCUGCCGAGACCGAUGGACAACAGGCCGACGACGAGGACAUGGCCGAUGCCGACGCAAAGGAUGCUGCAGAGGCUGCCGAGGACACCAUGGACGUAACACAAUCCCAAGACACACAGCAACAAACAAAGUCACAAGCCGAGGCAUCCGCUCGCUCACAUUUGAUCGAGCAAACCCACGCCAUCAUCCUGCCUUCGUACAGCGCCUGGUUCGACAUGCACCAAAUACACAACCUCGAACGUAAGGCUCUGCCAGAGUUCUUCAACUCACGCAACCGCUCAAAGACUCCUGCUGUUUACAAGGACUACCGCGACUUCAUGAUCAACACAUACCGCCUGAACCCUCAAGAAUACCUGACCGUUACAGCCUGCCGUCGCAACCUGGCUGGUGAUGUUUGCGCAAUCAUGCGUCUUCACGCCUUCCUUGAGCAAUGGGGCUUGAUCAACUACCAAAUCGACCCUGACACUCGCCCUUCUAACAUCGCUCCUCCCUUCACUGGUCACUUCCGCAUCACCGCUGAUACUCCCCGUGGCCUGCAGCCCCACCAACCUGCUCCUAACUCGACAGUCACUGCUGGACGCGCAAACCCUGGUACCGACCGCCUAGCAAGCGCUACCCCUGCAAUCAAAUCAGACUUGAACUUGGAAGUCAGACGCAACAUCUACGAGUCCACCGGCAAGGACCUCAGCGCGAAACAGGAGAAUGGCACCGACCUCGAAGAAUCACUCAAACAGCCCGGCAAGCAAUACUUCUGCUACUCAUGCGGCAAAGACUGCACUCGUGUGCGCUACCACAACUCAAAGGCCCCUCCAGCAUCAGUCGCUGGUAAGAAUGGUGCUUUGCUCAAAUUCGACCUCUGUCCUACGUGUUUCAUGGAGGGAAGAUACCCCAACUCGACUGGUCCCGCCGACUACACCAAGCUGGAGAACGAGAAAUACACGACCAUCGCCGAUCGCGAGGCUCCUUGGGCUGACUCGGAGUUGCUGCUGUUGCUCGAAGGUCUCGAGUUGUUUGACGAGAACUGGGAGCAGAUCGCAACCCAUGUUGGAAGCCGUACGAGGGAGGAGUGUGUUCUGAAGUUCUUGCAGCUCGAGAUCGAGGACAAGUACCUCGAGGGAGAAGACACAGUUGACGGCGCAUCAAACAACCUGGGUUUCUUGAGCAACGGUCGUGUUCCCUUCUCGCAAGCCGACAACCCCGUCAUGUCUGUCAUGAGCUUCCUCGCCGGUCUGGCUGACCCUACAGUGGCAGCUGUUGCCGCAGGCAAGACUGUGGAGCAGAUGAGAAAGCAACUUCGCAGCAAUCUGGAGAAGGAAUCAGCAGUGACAGACACAGAGAAAGAGACUUCUGCAGAACAGCCAGAAGCAUCGAAAGAUGACGACUCAAUGGAAGUCGAUGACAAGCCCACAACCGAAAAGCAAUCCGCAAGCCCCAAGCCUCUUAAGGAGGAGGCCAAGGACACUGCAUCUUCACCCGCCACGUUGGCUCUCAGUCUCACAGCCGCUCGUUCCUCGGCUCUGGCCUCACACACCGAACGUCACGUCAGCUCGCUAGUCUCUUCAGCUGUCAACCUUCACAUGCAAAAACUGGAGCUCAAGUUGCAGCAAUUCGAUGAGAUGGAGACUCUACUGCAGACCGAGCGCAGAGACCUGGAACGCCAACGUCAACGCCUCUUCUUCGACCGCCUGCAAUUCAAGCGCAGAGUCGGCGAUGUCGAGGCCAAGUUUGCAAGCAUGGGUAUUGCCGUCGAGAGCGAUGUCAGAGCAGCUGCUCAGGGCGAUGCCGAGGAAAAGGGUGACAAGCUUGGAGUUGCAGGAACUCAGGAAGGUGCAGCAGCCGUUGCUCAAAACGAUGAUGUCAAGCCCGCCAGCGCAGAAGAGGCUGGCUACAAGACUGCCGAGAUGUAG